UGUUUAGUGUAGCUUGAGUGUGGAGUCUGUCGCAGGUGUUCUUUAUCGUGUUUCGUGCCUUCCUUCUAGGGCACCUUCCAUCUCUUCGUACCAAGGUGCUUGAAUUUCAUAAACCAUAUCCCAAACCAUAAACCAUAGAUCCAUAACCACUGCGCUCAGCACUCCUUGACACUCCCUCGUGGAGUCAUCCCACCUCCAUGUUCUGUGCAGUGGCAACCUACCUCUAAACCGAUUUCGUUCUUUCCUGAUUUCCAUGCCGGGCUUUUCCACACUCCUAGGAAAACUCAUUAUACAUGGCCAGAAACUCGUGAUUUAUCCCGCCGCCUUUGAAACGCGGCAAGAAAGACUUACAGCUUACGAGUUUCCUUCAGACUUACCGCACGAAGAUGUGGAAUUGACGACAUCGGAUGGGUUAACAUUAAAGUGUCUUCUGUUGCGUGCUGGACAGAGAAGUCGACUGAGUCUGCAAUCGGAGCUCGGCAUUGGUAAUGACCUUGAUACCGGUCAUCAUGGUCAUUGGCAGCUAGAGCCAGAAGGUCAUCCUCGUGCGACUGUGAUAAUGUUUCACGGCAACGGUUAUCAUGUCUGGCACCAUGCAUUCAGUGGGGCAAGGUUCGUAGAACUUGGAUGCGAUGUUCUGCUAGUCAGCUACAGAGGCUAUGGUUUUUCAGACGGAACACCAUCAGAGAAAGGCCUUCAAAGAGACUCUCAAGCUGCAUUAGAAUAUGUCUUGGCUCACCCAGAACUAAACAAAAGACCUAUAAUUGUUCACGGCCAUUCUCUUGGAGGCGCCGUGUCAAUUGACCUUGUCCGACGCAAUCCUGACAACACCCACGCCCUCAUAAUUGAGAACACUUUUAUCUCCAUACCAGCGGUCGCAAAGGACCUUCCUGGUAUACGCCACCUCACCUUUGCAAUAAACCAAACAUGGGAAUCGCAACAUAGAAUCGCCACCAUACCAAGAUCAAUACCUAUUCUUAUGUUCUCUGGGACGGAUGAUGAAGUAGUCCCGCCGUCCCACAUGAAGAAGCUAUGGGAGAUUUCGAGAACGAGGCGGAGAAGUCAAGAAGAGAAGCAUUCGUCGAUCUCCUGCUUUGGGAACAAGGCCUUUUCCUCGGGGAAGGAGGGCGACGAAGACGACUAUGGUGUCGGCGAAACAGGCGACAGAGAUAAUACUGAAUUCGAUGUUUAUAAAAUUAUUCGCGAUGGCACUCAUGCUGAUACGUGGGCUAGACCUGGCUACUGGUCUACUAUCAACGAAUUCCUGUCGAGUCUCGCAAAAUUGAACUCUUCAAGUUGAUUUCGUUGCAUACCAAAUCUUUAAUUACCCACUGUUCAAUAUUAACGCCAUUGAACAGUAGAGGCGACGGGAUAUCCUGAAUCUUGAUCAUAUACCCAGUUUGAUGACUAUCCUUCGCUACACAAUACAACGUAAUAUUCGCGGAUUUACGAAUUUCAUAGAACUGAUCCGUUGCCUUGCCAUGUUGUGUCCCGCAUUUCCGCACGCCAUGUUACAUACUUCCGUUUAGCUGAGGCUACUCAAGUCUCCUUAGAUCUCCUGGUCAGCUUGGAGCACCGUUACGAAUAUCGUUCUGUGCGCGUAGUACGACCUCAAAUCCCUAGUACAUUGUGGUCCACGAUCGCAUCUACAUUUAUUGAGGCUAGCUGAAGG